GUAUCUGCCCCAUUAUAAAUUCUUAGACUUUCUCUUGAAGGUCUUUUUGAUGACUUUCUCUUGAAGGAUUUUUUUUUAUGGCAACAACUCCACUUGUUAUUCUAAGUUAGGAAGUUCCUCUGAUCAUUAACCAACUCUCCUUGAGCUCUGGUAUUUAAGAUUCCACCUUGAAGCAUGUUAACUCACAAGUUUCAACGAAGAAAAACUGCAAACCCUUUCUCAGACACACACACACACACACACACACAACUGUAUAACAUGGAGAAAGAUAAUCAAAGUACAACAGCAGACAUUUUCAAUUUAAGCAGCGAAGAGAAGAACGAGAGAGCUGCUAGUGAUUCAACCAGGAAUGUGGAAGAUAUUAGGGAUUCAACCAGCAGAAGAGAACGAAAUGGGAAAGUGCCUGGUGCAGCAAUCCCAGUUGCAAGGGAAUCUACUGCAAUCGACAUUGAACUAUCAAGCAGAGAAGAGAAAGGAAAGGCACCUCUCUUGGUACCUCCAUUCUUAACAAGAGCAAAGAAAGGUAAAUCUCCUCACAUGGCAGCUUCAGUAUUCGCAGCCCCUAGCAGCAGAAGCCCAAGUAAGGCAGAAAAGCCGGGAAACAAGAGAGGUAUUGCCAUAUUUGAUCUGGUCCUCAGGCUAGGUGCCCUCAUAUCUGCUUUAUCCGCAACAAUCACUAUGGGAACCACUGAUCAGACUCUUCCGUUCUUCACUCAGUUCCUUCAGUUCCAGGCCAGCUAUGAUGAUCUCCCUGCCUUCACGUUUUUUGUAAUUGGUAACGCAGUAGUUAGCGUCUACCUGGCCCUGUCCGUGCCCUUCUCCAUCGUCUGUAUCAUGCGUCCACACGCAGCCAGACCAAGGCUCCUUCUGAUAAUAUGCGACACAGUGAUGGUUACGCUGACUAUUGCAGCAGCGGCAGCAGCAACAGCAAUAGUUUACUUGGCUCACAACGGCAAUUCGAACGCGAACUGGCUCCCCAUCUGUCAGCAGUUCAAUGAUUUCUGCCAGCGUGUUAGUGGAGCUGUGGUGGCAUCCUUCAUUGCUGCGCUUUUCCUCGUCUUCAUGAUUGUGUUUUCUGGUUUCGCUCUUUGACAACACCAGCUUUUGUGUUGAUUUAGCUUGUUUUUAUGAUUACACUUUUACAAAGAUUCAAUUGCAUUUGUUGGUGUUUCUGGGGACUCGAAUUAUUGCUUUAAUCUCAUUUUGUUUCUGUUGUCGAGGAGAACGAAGAGAUUUUUAGUCGAUUGUAUAUUUGCUUUGUUUGCAACAUGUUUUCCAGAUAUUAUAAUUCGAUAUUCUUUCUUCGAAAUUUCAGGUAAUUUCUUUUUAGAGAUAUACUUUUUGUAUGACU